GCCCGCUACAGCUCCGCGGCCGAUGGCGGAUUAUAAGGGACCGCUCUCUCCGCCCCCAGCGGAGUCUCCCUCCGCCCUCGCCCGCACUCCCCACCCCUCCUCUGGCCGCAGAGAAGGGCAUGGAGUUGGCGGGAGCCUAUAAAAGCCCCUGAGAGCGCUCUGGGGCCACGGUGCUGUGACAGCCUCCACGGGCAGAGCAGGGCCGCGCACCAUGUCCCACCACUGGGGAUACGGCAGCCACGACGGACCCGCUCACUGGCAUGAGCACUUUCCCAUCGCCAAUGGAGAGCGGCAGUCCCCCAUUGACAUCUGCCGCAAGUCCGCCAAGUACGACUCCUCUCUGAAGCCUCUUAGCUUCAGUUAUGAUGCCAGCACGGCCAGAAACAUCGUCAACAACGGGCAUUCCUUCAACGUGGAGUUUGAUGAUUCUUCUGACAAGUCAGUGGUGCAAGGAGGAGCGCUGGAUGGAGUCUACAGGCUGGUGCAGUUUCACAUUCAUUGGGGAUCCUGUGAUGGCCAGGGAUCUGAGCACACUGUGGAUGGUGUGAAGUAUGAUGCAGAGCUCCAUAUUGUUCACUGGAAUGUAAAAUAUGGUAAAUUUGCUGAAGCUGUGAAGCAUCCUGAUGGUUUAGCUGUGGUGGGCAUCUUCAUGAAGGUGGGAAAUGCCAAGCCUGAGAUGCAGAAGGUUGUGGAUGCUCUGAGCUCCAUUCAAACCAAGGGAAAGCAGGCUUCCUUCACAAAUUUUGACCCCACUGGACUCCUUCCUGCAUGCAGAGACUACUGGACAUACCCUGGCUCACUGACAACUCCACCACUGCUUGAAUGUGUGAUCUGGCACGUUCUGAAGGAGCCCAUCACUGUGAGCCCUGAGCAGAUGUGCAAACUCCGUGGCCUUUGCUUCAAUGCUGAGAAUGAGCCCGUGUGCCAUAUGGUGGACAACUGGCGCCCAUGUCAGCCUUUGAAGAGCAGAGAAGUCAGAGCCUCCUUCCAGUAACCUCAGUGCUGAGAGUGUUAGGAAUUGCUGUGUUUGUGAGGAGCCCCUUUUGCUAAGCCCAAAUCAAACUUUGCCGUGUGUGCCCAGGCAACAUCUUGUCUCCCAGAUCCAUUCUUUCUUUUGCUCUGCGUCUGAAACGCCAGCUAUUGAAAUGUGAAAUGCUCUUGGCCCAAUGGGGAAGGGUUCUUAAGGUGUGGGGUUGGGGGAGGCAGGGGGUGGGUGGCUGUGUGCAUUUUGGUGACUAUUACUGCGACUGACACUUUGGUAUAACAGUAAGUUGGCCACUUGGGAGAGGAUAUGGUGGUAGCAAAAUAAGCCAUUUUAAGAAACCUCAUCUACUGGUGUGAUAGUACACGUAACUAACGAUAACUUGAAGCUUUGUAAGAAGCACAGGAAUACAGAAUCUAGUUAUAAUUUAGAGAAAAAAGGUAUUUUGAGAAAGUUAAGCAAAAGGAAUAUUUAGAAUUAGACUUCUUAGAUUUUAAGAAACUGACAUGUAAAUAUUUUUGAGACUAUUUUGCAUUUUUUACCCAUGCUGUCAACAGCCUUAGUUACGUCUUAAUGGUAGUGUUGGGUUUUUUUAAUUAAAAAUAUUCUAAAUUAAAUGUUAUCUUUAAAAGUUGUUAUUACCAUAGAAAUAAUACAAAAUAUCUUUUCAUUGAAAUAAUAUAUGUUCUAAUUUAAAAAAGGAAAAUAAUAUUGUAUUUUAGAUAACUUCUCUAAUAAAUCUAUACUUCUA